AUGUCGAGCUUCACGCCUCGCCGCUCUCUCGCCAGACCAAGACCUUCGAAUGGCCUUAAUACAGCUUCGAGCCCGAACCUCUCUGCCUCAUAUUCCAACCCACGCAAUGCCGGCGAAGCGUACGGCGGUAUGAGCAUGAUGAUGAACGAAGAUCCGCGUACAAAUAGGAACAACAUGGCCCCAUUCACACCAUCCCGGCCGGCCGACGCCGAAGAUCUCGACGUCGGAGACCAUGUUGAUGUUCCUGGGAACAUGCAUGGAACGGUCAAAUUCAAAGGCAGUGUGCAAGGUAAAAAGGGCAUCUUUGCGGGGGUGGAACUGAGCGAGGAGUUUGCUAAACGCGGCAAGAAUAACGGGGAUGUUGACGGUGUGUCCUACUUUGUAACUUCGAUCCCCGGAGCCGGUAUAUUCCUCCCAAUAAACAAAGCCACGAGACGUGGAACACCUCCAUCGCGCGACGAAUCUUUCCCCCUCACUCCUUCAACCCCAUCAGCUGGUGGCAGCUUCAAGGCAUCGGGCCAGGGAUCAAGCGCAUACACCCCGCCAACCCCUUCGCUGCCUAAGUUUAGCCAGUCUGUUGGUCCUGGAAGGGCACCAAGCCCUCAAUUCAAGAAGUCGCGACCAUCGCUACCUCGCCCAGAGUCGCCUUUACGAAGACCUCAGCUUACCAACAGACCAUCCAAUAUCGGAAAUCCGGCAACUCAAACCCCCUCCCGUUAUGGAAGUCCUGCUCCAGGAAAAUUCGGGCAGAGUGUGAGGGGAACAAAGGAUUCUGGCGACCCAAGCAAGAGAGGUGGAUACAUGCCUAGGAAUGGCAUGAACGCCAGUGUUGGCCCUCGAAGUGCAUCUGCUUUGGGACAGGCUCCUUCUUUGGGCAUCAGCGAUGACGAACUUACACCUAUUGGAGUUGCCCGGACUACAACCAACGGGAGCAUGGGCUCCGUUUCUUCGUUCAAUUCCAAAAUGCGACCGGCAUCUAGGACGGCAUCCAGGCCGAACGAUGAUGAAGCCGAUCGAUUACGAGGACAGUUAGAAGAGCGAGACAGACAACUCAAAGAACAAGCCUCGGCUCUAGCAGAGAUGGAGAGCAGUUUAGCUGAGGUCCAGACAUUGAUGGGUAACCCAGAAGGGAUACCCAGGCAACACAGAGGUAGCAUGGAGGACAAAGAUGCUACUCAAUUGCGAGCAGUGCUCAGGGAAAAGAAUGAGAAAAUUGCCAUGUUGACCGCGGAGUUUGAUGCCCACCGAGCAGAUUUCCGAAGCACUAUCGAUACCCUCGAGCUAGCAAGCACCGAGACCGAACGCGUAUACGAAAAACGAGUGGAGGAUCUUCUGCAGGAUAUUAGAGAAUUGCAGGAGCGUGGGGAAGAUGUCGACAGCGUAGCACGACAGCUAAAGCAACUAGAGGAACUUGUUCAAGAGUUAGAAGAAGGUCUUGAGGACGCUCGCCGAGGUGAAGCAGAAGCUAGAGGAGAGGUUGAGUUCCUGCGUGGAGAAGUUGAGCGUACACGGUCAGAGUUGCGCCGCGAGCGAGAAAAGGCUGCGGCAUCUUUGAGUGGAGGCGCAAACGGAGACGCUGGAUCCGCGUCCAAGGAGGUUGAACAACGAGAUGAUGAGAUUCGGGGCUUGAAAGCCAUCAUACACUCUUUGAGCCGGGAUGCCGUACCAGAUGUGGGAAGUGCAAUCUUAGACCUUCAGAAAACCCCAACCCAGAGACAAGAAAGUUUCACGCGAAAUCGACAUGCUAGUAACGGAGAUCCCAUGGAGGAGCGAUUGGCUCGGGAGAAAAUCGAACGUGAACUCUUGGAUCUUCGUUCGGUCAUCGAGUCUAAGAAUAAUCGAGAAGAGGAGCUUGAGCGUGAGGUAGAGCGACUUCGCAGAGGAAGUGCUAGUGAUCCGGCCAGUCAACGUGCGAGCGGAAUUACUGUCGGCAGCUCUGGAACGGUCACUCACGACCGAGACUCCAAGGGAACAGUUGUCAGUUGGAGGGAUCGAGAACUGCCAAGGUCCCCCGAGACUCACAGACGUGCGAAUACGCUUGAGACAAUGCCAGAGAGUGAUGCCUACUCGUCAGCAAAUGAGAGCUUCUGCGAGCUUUGUGAAACAUCCGGUCAUGAUAUCUUAACAUGUACGAACAUGUUCACCCCUAGUGGCACUCAAAGGGAGCCUUCACAGCAGCGGACGGGCAAGGAUGUUGUUAAAGAGGGACUGAAAGGGCUGUCUCCACCGGCCCCCGACUACAAACCAGCACCCUUGUCGCCAAUCAAGAAAUCACCUCGUCCUACAGCUAUUACACCAGUGAGGAUCAUUCCGAAUCCCAUGGAGUCUGGCCCUGUUGCAGGCAAAGAGAGUGGAGUAGUGAACAUGGAUAAAUGGUGUGGAGUAUGUGAGAGAGAAGGCCAUGAAAGCAUUGAUUGUCCUUUUGAAGACGCGUUCUAA